AUGAAUAGCGAGCAAGCUACGGCCAUGUCAGUAUCUGUAUCAAGUGCCUCAACAUGUUCAGGAACUGAGGAAAGUAAUAUAGUUUUACAAAGACCAUCUGGAUCUGCUGCUGCUGCGGCGGCUGCAGCUGCUGCCGACCUUCGCGUUGGUACUGUAGCUUUAUCUAAUGUAGCAAAAUAUUGGGUGUUGACAAACCUCUUUCCGGGUCCAAUACCUCAAGCGGUGUAUCUUAAUCAUCCUCCAGGUCGCGUGGGGGAUAUAAAACAAGAAAUUGAUCUUAGUCAACAAGUUGUACCUACAACCAUGGAAGGCAUGACAUUGCUUCACCAAUCUACUCAUUCCCAAGCACAGAUCCCAGUGAGUGCGGUUCAAGCUUCUAUUGCAUCUAAUGGUGUAGGAACUUUACCUCUUCCAUCUGUAUCUUCUUCUUCGCAUAUGGAAGUCAGUUUACAAGGCCAGCAGUCUAAUCAAUCUGAAAAAGAAACAAAAUUGGACAGAGGGACUUGCGUGACAGAAAGAGUCAGUGACAAUCAGGUUCACUGUCAAGUUCAGUGUGAUAUACCAAACGUAAGCGGUGUUCAAAUUCAACAAGGAAAUCAACAAGGCCAUCAAUCCAAUCAACAAAAUACUACAAUGUCUCAAUCUCAAGGGCAAAGUCAACAAGUUCAGCAGCAAAUAAAUAUUCAUCAACCUCAGCCCUCAUCUUCUCAACAUCAAUCUCAGUCUUCUGGGCAACAAUCUCAACAACAACAACAGUCACAACAACAACAGCAACAACCACAACAACAACAACCACAACAGCCACAACCCUCAUCUCAGUCAGGGCAACCUCAGCAACAAGUUUCUUCUCAUCAUUCGGUGGAGUCCAGUGGCAACAGUAGCAGUCAUAUAGAAGAAAAUAUAAAUUGUCCAGAUAUAAAACUUUCUGGUCAAAUGAUUUCGACACAAGAUAUAAAAGAUGAAAACAAAGAAAUGGCAUGCAACGUAAAAGAUAAUCGUUUAAUUAUGACCGGUUUUCCCAUGCAAGAUGUAAAAGGGCACAUGAUGGAUAUUAGAACUGCUGAUGGAGUAGUUAAAAUAACUGCAGAUCAAGAUGUUGCAAAAACAUUACUUAAUGCUGAUAUGGUGCAGAGCAUGUACAAGGUGAAUGUCGAAGAUAUCAAUCAACUUUUGGCAUAUCAUGAAGUAUUUGGUAAAUUAUCGACUGAUCCUUUGGUUCCUGUACAACAAAAUGGUAACAAGGUACAGGAGAAUAGUGGAACAGUCACUGCCGCUCCAAGCAGUCCAACAUCUGUGGGACCUUAUUCGUGUGAUAUCUGCUGCAAAAUAUUUCCUUUUCGCUAUCAGUUAAUUGUUCAUCGAAGAUAUCACGCAGAAAGAAAACCUUUCACUUGUCAGGUUUGCGGGAAGGCUUUUACAUGCUCUGCCGAACUAACUCGUCAUGGCAAGUGCCAUCUAGGAGGCAGCAUGUUUACUUGUUCCGUUUGUUUUCACGUGUUUGCGAACGCUCCAUCCCUUGAAAGGCAUAUGAAGCGUCACGCAACCGAUAAACCUUACGUGUGCACAACAUGCACGAAAAGUUUUGCUAGAAAAGAACAUUUAGAUAACCAUAUAAGAUGUCAUACAGGCGAGACACCCUAUCGGUGUCAAUACUGCAAUAAAACCUUUACGCGUAAGGAGCAUAUGGUUAAUCACGUUCGAAAGCAUACAGGGGAAACUCCCCAUCGUUGUGAUAUAUGUAAGAAGAGUUUUACGAGAAAAGAACAUUUUAUGAAUCACGUUAUGUGGCACACUGGCGAAACUCCUCAUACGUGCCACGUUUGCGGAAAAAAAUAUACGCGAAAGGAGCAUUUAGCUAAUCACAUGCGUUCACACACGAAUGACACUCCUUUUCGUUGUGAAAUUUGCGGGAAAGCUUUUACAAGAAAGGAACAUUUUACAAAUCACAUUAUGUGGCACACAGGAGAAACUCCCCAUAGAUGCGAUUUUUGUUCGAAAACUUUCACGCGAAAAGAGCAUUUAUUAAACCACGUUCGUCAACAUACUGGUGAAUCUCCGCAUAGAUGCGGGUAUUGCAGCAAGUCUUUUACAAGAAAAGAACAUCUCAUUAAUCACGUGAGACAACAUACGGGUGAGACUCCAUUUCGAUGCGAAUACUGCCCAAAAGCAUUUACUAGAAAGGAUCACUUAGUUAAUCACGUCAGACAACACACAGGGGAAACCCCACACAAAUGUCAAUAUUGUUCUAAAGAAUUUGCUCGGAAAGAUCAUUUAACUAAUCACGUUCGGCAACACACUGGGGAAACUCCGUACAGAUGUACUUAUUGCCCUAAGGCUUUUACUAGGAAGGACCACCUUAACGAACAUGUUAGACAGCAUACAGGCGAAACUCCUUAUAAAUGUCAAUAUUGUCCCAAAGAAUUUUCAAGAAAAGAUCAUUUGAACAAUCACGUUCGGCAACAUACAGGAGAGACACCCUUUAAGUGCCAGUACUGUCCGAAAGAAUUUUCAAGAAAAGAUCAUCUUACGAAUCAUAUCCGUCAGCAUACAGGCGAGACCCCCUUCAAAUGCGAAUACUGUCCAAAAUGUUUUACAAGGAAAGACCAUUUGACGAAUCAUACGAGGCAGCAUACCGGGGAAACUCCUUUUAAAUGUCAAUAUUGUCCGAAAGCUUUUUCAAGAAAAGAUCAUUUGACCGAUCAUACUCGCCAACACACAGGAGAAACACCUUUCAAAUGUGCUUACUGCGGAAAAGAAUUCAGUAGGAAGGAUCACUUAACAAAUCACACACGGACGCACACUGGUGAGCAGCCUUUCAAAUGCGAUUUUUGUCCUAAAGCAUUCGGUAGAAAAGAUCACUUAACUGAACAUGUGCGCCAUCAUACCGGCGAAUCUCCCCACAAAUGUCAGUAUUGUACGAAAUCAUUUACUCGUAAAGAACACUUGACCAAUCACGUUAGGCAGCAUACUGGUGAGUCUCCACAUCGUUGCCAUUUUUGCGCUAAAACUUUCACAAGGAAAGAACAUUUAAAUAAUCACGUAAGAAUUCAUACAGGAGACUCGCCGCACAAAUGCGAAUUUUGUCAGAAAAGCUUUACUAGAAAAGAGCACCUGACAAACCACUUGCGACAACAUUCGGGAGAAACUCCUCAUUGUUGUAACGUUUGCAGCAAACCUUUUACAAGAAAGGAACAUUUAAUUAAUCACAUGAGGUGUCACACUGGUGAAAGACCAUUUGUUUGCGGUGAAUGCGGCAAAAGUUUUCCACUGAAAGGAAAUCUUUUGUUUCAUCAAAGAUCUCACAAUAAGGGCGCAGCGGCCGAUAGACCGUUUAGAUGUGAUUUGUGCCCGAAAGAUUUCACUUGCAAAGGACAUUUGGUCUCGCAUCGAAGAGCACACACUGGCGAGCGACCUCAUUCUUGUCCCGAUUGUGGUAAAACAUUCGUAGAAAAAGGCAACCUUUUGAGACACGUGAGAAAACACCAGGAAUCGGUGAUUGGGCACAUUCAGGGUAGCGCGAGCGGAGCAAGUGGAGUCAUGCCUCCUCCGUCGGCACCCCCGCCCUUACCUGUUUUAUCCAGUAUAACAACUUACACGACUCAGAUACUUCAUCCAACCGUUGUAGUACCGACUCCGAACCCGGCCCUGACUUCUUACUAA